AUGUCUAACCCGGCCGCCAAUCCCCGCGCCUCGCUUCUCUCUGGGCUCCGAACUGGCGGAGUUCGGUCAGCUGCAGUCCCCCAAACUGCUGCCCCUGGUGGCUCGUUCAACAUACCCAGAAUUUCGUCUGGUCUCCACUCAUCCAUUUUUCCUGAAGAAGACGAAGAAGAAUCUGUCUUUGCCACCCAUUCCGCUCCUCGAAUGCCCAUGACUGCUGCUGUCGAUGGCCCAGGCUUCAUGCAUCAGCAGCAACAGCAACAACAGCGGCGUGGCAUGAAUCCAAAUAGCGCGCCAUUCACACCCUUCAUGGCUCAGCAACCUGCUCAGGCCUCCCAGGCUUUCCAGAUGCAGAUGAUGCAACUCGAACUGUUGAAAAUGCAGGCCCAACAGCAAUACCAGGCUCAGAUGAUUGCCCAAGCCCAGAUUCAGCAACAGCAACAACAAAUGCAGACCCCCAGACGCGCCAGUUAUAACCCUCCAGCCACCGCUGGCCCGCUCAACACAUCUUUCGAUUUACGUUCUGCGACUAUGAGCGCUCAAAUGCGUCAUUCUGUCCCUCUUCAGGACGAACAAGUGGUCCCAAUGACUGCCAGUCUCGAUGGCAAAUUCGGCAGUCGCAUUUCAUUCAAUGACUCUCCCAACUCCACCACCGUAAUCAGCGGUGGCACCUCUCUGGGUAGUCCUGCUUUGGUCAACAACACCACUCCUUCCAAAUCUGACUCGUCCAAUUGGCGUCGUGGAGGAAACAACAAUUCGGUGCUCAGUGGCAACAACAGAUCCCCAAGCGUAAAAGUCACACCCCCGCCCGGCGAAAGUCCCGUUGCCUUGAGCAAAUCUCGCCCGCAGCCACUCAGUUUCAACAUCGCGGCUCCCGCCACCGUGCUGCCUGCCGUCGCUAUAACCGAGGGAGAAAAUGAAGAUGACGAUCAUGAGACGUCGAGCUCGGAGAAAUCAGGCUCUAACUCGGACCCGACCACGCCUUCUACCAAUGGAGUCCCCCUUUCGCCGCGCGAAGAGGCCUCGAAGAAGCUGUAUGAAGGCUUAGGCAUCGGUCGUCCUGUCGUUGCAGAGCCACCGGUUGUCCCGGCCCGGGCUGCGAGUCAGCCUGUUCGCCAGCCGCGUGGCCCUCCAUCUGGAGCAGACGAACUCGGUCCCAAGAAUUUUGCCACUCGUAUCCGUCGCAAGGCAAUUGGUGGGCUCGGAAUGCUGAUGAACUCGCGUGAAAGACGCGAGGUGGAGUUGGUCGAGGCUUAUUAG